AAUUUGGGGAUUUUAAACCCCCCAAAAAAAUGCUACAACAAUUACAAAUUUGUCACAAUUUUUUUUUUAAAAAAGAGAGAGAAAAGAAGAAAUCAAGAAAGUUCAUGAUUAUGUUGUUUUAUGUUCGUGUGGCUUUCUUAUUACUUCUAACAACAUUCCCCUGUGGUUGCUGGGAACAUACAUAUAUAUUUAUAUAAGGGUCGUGUUAAGAGCCUGGAGGCUCAUUUGUUUCAUUUCUUCUCUCUCAUUGCAUGCCUUUUGCAAUAUAUUUACACAUACAAUAAUGUGUGCAUGUAUACAUAUAUAUAAUAGCAUUUGUUCGGGACAUGUUAAUGUACUAUUGCAACAACAACAACAUUAACAUCAUCUGAGGUUAAUUUGCAACUACACUUCCUGGUGUAUUUCAAUUAAUUCAAAUGGAGCAAUUACCUCCAAAGAUCCCAAACAUGUCACCAAGUUGGCCAGAUUUCUCUUCACACCAACAGAAGAUGCAAUUGCCACCUCUUAAUAACAACGGCACCAUCACCAACAACUAUCAUCAGCACAAUCAGAACCCUUCUUGGGUGGAUGAGUUUCUCGACUUCUCCUCGGCCCGGCGCGGCGUUCACCGGCGGUCGGUGAGCGAUUCCAUCACCUACUUGGAUUCACCAGUGAAGUGUGGAGGGAAUAAAAACAACAACAACAAUGAGAACGAGUUUGACAAGUUUGAUGAUGAACAAUUCAUGUCCAUGUUCACGGAUGAAGUAGUGCUCUCUGGGGUCCCCUUGCCACCACCAACCACCUUGUCCUCCUCUAACCCUUCAAGCCCUUACGAUCAGAACUUCAUCAAUGAUGAGAAGGAGAAGAAGGAGGAGCACCACCACCACCACCAAUUGAAAAAUGAAGCAGAUGAGGUUGAAAGCCAAUGCAAACAGGAAAUUAUGCAGCUUCCAAAUGACACCAAUACUUGUUCUUCCAGCGAGAGAAUUACUGACCCCAAGAGAGUCAAAAGAAUCUUGGCUAAUAGACAAUCUGCACAAAGAUCGCGAGUGAGGAAGCUGCAAUACAUAUCAGAGCUUGAGCGAAGUGUAACUUCAUUACAGGCCGAAGUUUCAGUGCUGUCUCCAAGGGUUGCAUUUUUAGAUCAUCAACGAUUGCUUCUAAAUGUCGACAACAGUGCUCUCAAGCAAAGAAUCGCUGCCCUUGCUCAAGACAAGAUCUUUAAAGAUGCUCAUCAAGAGGCACUGAAGAGGGAGAUAGAGAGACUUAGGCAAGUUUAUUACCAACAAAGCCUCAAGAAGAUGGAAAAUGCUGCUGGGUCACCAUUACCAUCACCAAAGCCUAUAUGUGAUGCUCAAACAGAAAAGGAAGCACAACUUCUCAACGCUUGAAGAUUCAUUCAUCACACUAUAACAUAUGAUAUAUCAAGUAGCUAUAUUUAUUAGCUAAUUUACAUGACACUGUGAUUCUUUAUGUAAAAAAAGAAAUUGCAGAAUUUUGGAUAAGAGAAGGGAGAAACUGGAAGGAGAUUAAUUUUUUUUUUUGUGCUUGGUAAUGUAUUAAUUGAAUGGUGUCACGUACGCACUGUUGGGUGGUUAAAAUUUUUAUUAGUCAGUUGAUGAAGGAAAAAUAUUAUUCACUGAGAGAAGAGUCAUGUUCGUUGUGCGUGGUGAGGCCAUUGGCUUCUGCUAUGAAACUGCGCAGGCACGUGAUGUGUUGUUUACUUUAGACAUGAAGGGGACCACUCAAAGCUUGCAUGAUUAGAAUGGAGGGGGAUCCACAUGUGCAGCAGUGGCCGCAACAUCAAAAGAGAGGAGUGUGGAAGAAACAGUUGUGUCUAUCUACUUUAACUUGAUAGAUAGGAGUUAGUGGAGGGGAGGUGGUAGUAUAUGCAAUUGUUGGUGUUGAUGAUUCUUUCACUUCUUUAUUUGUUGUCUUUGAUUCUUUUUCUACUAUUUUGUUUCAUGUUUUUCAAUGCAUAUAUAUGUUGGAAAACAAACACAAGUGUGUAGGGAUGGAUGGCGCAUGAAAGGAAGGUGUCAGUGAGUCCUGAUGGGUUUUAUGGUUUGCUGUAUUAUGUAUUAUGUAAUCAAUUUUAUUUGACAUAAUUAAUUGAAAAAAGGCAAAAUGUAAAUAGUCAGUUGACUCAAUUUACCUGUAUA